ACUAGCCGUUUCAUUUCAUCACCGCCGAAACAAACCCCAAAUCCCAUUCAAAACCCUAGUAUUUCAUAUAUAUAAACCCCCAAAUUCUCGCUAGUUAAUCACACAAUCGCUCUUACAUUCUUCCAAUCUGCAACGAUCUAAUCACCCUCUUUACUUCUUCUUUCUCUAAUUAGUGUUUCGCUAAUCUAAUUUCUGUUCAUUUCUUGUAUUGUAUUGUAUUGUAUAUUAACCUCUCUUUUGCAGGAAUUUUCCAUCUUUAAUCUUUUAGUAUACAUAUAUCUCGGUUCUACUAACAUCAUGGAUGCAGGAUCUGUAAGUUUCUCUCCAGCCCCCAAGUCACAAUCGCGAGAUCAAAUUCUUCACAGAAAAAGUUCUCGAGAAAACUUGGAUAGAUUCAUACCGAACAGAUCAGCUAUGGAUUUUGAUUACGCGCAUUACAUGCUAACACAGUCCAAAAAAGGUAAGGAGAAUCCGAUUGCGAGCUCACCGGCGAAGGAAGCGUACAGGAAGCAGUUGGCGGACAGCCUCAACAUGAACAGAACCAGGAUUCUAGCUUUCAGGAACAAGCCUCCGACACCAACAGAUGCGGUUCAAAGCGAGUGGUCUUCGGUGCAGCAGCAGGCGAAGCCAGUAAAAGCCCGUAGAUACAUCCCUCAGACUUCUGAAAGGACAUUGGAUGCACCUGAUAUUCUAGAUGAUUACUACUUGAAUCUGUUAGAUUGGGGGAGCAGCAACGUUCUCGCGAUUGCCCUAGGAAAUACGGUGUAUCUAUGGGAUGCUGCAGAUGGUAACACGUCGGAACUUGUUACUGUCGAUGAUGAAGUGGGUCCGGUUACGAGUGUUAAAUGGGCACCGGAUGGACGCCACAUCUCAGUCGGUCUAAACAAUUCCCAAGUCCAACUCUGGGAUUCCACCUCAAAUAAAUUGUUGAGAACGUUGAGAGAGUGUCAUCAAUCUCGGGUCGGAUCAAUGGAUUGGAACAACCACAUUCUCACAACAGGAGGAAUGGAUGGUCGGAUUGUAAAUAACGAUAUCAGAAUUAGAGCACAUAUAGUGGAAACAUACUCCGGCCACCACCAAGAGGUUUGUGGGUUAAAAUGGUCAGCUUCCGGUCAACAGUUGGCUAGCGGUGGCAACGACAAUCUCCUACACAUUUGGGACAGAUCUGUGGCUUCUGUUAAUUCACCGACUCAAUGGCUUCACCGGCUGGAGGAUCACACAGCUGCGGUGAAAGCACUUGCUUGGUGUCCAUUUCAGGGCAAUCUUCUUGCGUCCGGUGGUGGUGGUGGUGACAAGUGUAUAAAGUUUUGGAACACACACACUGGUGCUUGCUUGAACUCAGUGGACACCGGGUCUCAGGUGUGUGCGCUUUUAUGGAACCAAAAUGAGCGUGAGCUGCUGAGCUCACAUGGUUUUACUCAGAACCAGUUGACUUUAUGGAAGUAUCCGUCAAUGGUGAAAAUGGCCGAGCUUACUGGUCAUACAUCGAGAGUUCUUUUUAUGGCGCAGAGCCCGGAUGGAUGUACAGUUGCAACUGCUGCAGGAGACGAGACACUGAGAUUUUGGAAUGUUUUUGGGAGCCCGGAAGUGGCUGCUAAGGCUACCCGAAAAGCCAUUCCUGAGCCAUUUGCUAACGUGAAUCGCAUUCGAUGAUUUAUACUCGGAAACGGUUGAAUUUAAUGUUAAAAAUGUUGGAGCUUUUCAUGACACAGGGCCCUGAUGGGUUUAUGGUUGCUUCUGCUGCAUUGACAGGAGAUUCAAAUUUUGGAAUGUUUCUUGCAGCACUAGAGCUGAAGUAUCCACAAACCGACCUGGCUCAUGCUUCUGGGAACACUGAAACAUGCCGGACGACCUGUUUGCUCAACUGAACCGCUGAUUUAUGGUUUCUACACAAAACAGUUGCAGACAUAGUUUAGGUGGUUGUUUCUUUGGAAUUUUAUUCAACCCAGACAAAAGACCAGAGACUAGCAAGGUGCUAGCCGAUACACCCACAACCACACACCUGUAUAGUCAAAGUUAAUACGAAUUCUUCCAUAGACAAAAUAGAUUUGAAAGUUCUUGUAUAAUUCAAAAGGUAACUGAAGAAAUAUUGAGUAUUUUUUUUUUUUUUU